CGUCGCAGAGGCGUGCUAAGCUGGGACGCGGAGCCGUCGAGGCGCUGGGGGGAAUGCGGACGCCGCCGGCCUGCACCGGCCCCCGGCGUGGUGGGCGAGAGGGUCGUGGGGGCUUCCCAACCGGGACGGGGGUGCCCGGGCCUGCCCACUCUUAGGGAUCCUUGGGCCUCUGACGGUCCCCUGCGCGGCCGCAGCAGUCUCUCCGUCGCCGCCCUGACACCUGAGGGCCAGCCCGGGAAAACUCUUCUAUCAUGUCGCAGAAUGGAUACUUUGAGGAUGCAGGCUACCUCAAGUGUGACGCGGAUGAUGCCUCUGAAACCCGUGAGGAGAGCCUGGGGGAUGAGGCCUUCGACACGGUCAACUCCUCCAUUGUGUCUGGCGAGAGCAUCCGUUUCUUUGUCAACGUCAACCUCGAGGUGCAGCCCACCCAGUCCGAGGGUGAAUCGCCUGGCGGCUACGGGCUCCUACACACCUCCCGCAAGUAUCUGAAGUUAAAGAACUUUGAGGAAGAGAUCCGAGCGCACCGGGACCUAGACGGCUUCUUGGCACGGGCCAGCAUCAUCCUGAACGAGACAGCCACCUCCCUGGAUGACGUGCUACGGGCCAUGCUGUGCCGCUUAGCCCAAGACUCCCACAACACCGAGCCCGACUGCAACUUGGACCCGCUCAUGGCCAUGCUUUUCACUGAUGCUGGGGCCCCCACGGAGGGUAAAGCAGUUCACCUACUGUCAGAUACCAUCCAAGGGGUCACUGCCACAGUAACGGGGGUGCAAUACCAGCAGUCGUGGCUCUGCAUCAUCUGUACCUCCAAGGCCCUGCUGAAGCGGCAUGUGUGCAUCAGCCGCCUGGUUCGCCCGCAGAACUGGGGGGAGAAUUCCUGUGAGGUGCGGUUUGUCAUCCUGGUGCUGGCCCCACCCAAGAUGAAAAGCACCAAGACUGCGACGGAGGUGGGACGCACGUUUGCCACCAUGUUCUUAGACAUCACCUUCCGCCAGAAGCUCCUGAAGACCCGCACGGAGGAGGAAUUCAAGGAGGCCCUGGUACAUCAGAGACAGCUGCUCACCGUAAUGAGCCACUGUCCGAGCAUCAGCAUGAAGGACUACAGCAUGAGCUCCGCCUGCACCCACAGACCCCCGCAGCCCCCACGGCACAAGGACUUUCUCCCCAUGGGGAGGGGCAUCCGGGAAGACAUCGCCCGCAGAUUCCCUGUGUACCCGCUGGACUUCACUGAUGGCAUUAUCGGGAAAAACAAAGCUGUGGGCAAAUACAUCACCACCACCCUGUUCCUCUACUUCGCCUGCCUCCUGCCCACGAUCGCUUUUGGGUCCCUCAACGAUGAGAACACGAAUGGGGCCAUUGAUGUACAGAAGACCAUAGCUGGGCAGAGCAUCGGAGGCCUCUUGUAUGCACUCUUCUCUGGGCAGCCGCUGGUGGUGCUGCUGACGACCGCACCCCUGGCCCUCUACAUCCACGUGAUCCGUGGCAUCUGUGAUGACUACGAUCUGGACUUCAGUACCUUCUAUGCAUGGACAGGCCUGUGGAACAGUUUCUUCCUCACGCUUUAUGCCCUCUUCAACCUCAGCCUGGUCAUGAGUCUCUUCAAGAGGUCAACGGAGGAGAUCAUUGCUUUGUUCAUUUCCAUCACAUUCGUGCUGGAUGCUGUCAAGGGCAUGGUCAAAAUCUUCCAGAAGUACUACUGUGGCCACAACCCCGGGAACUACUACGAAGAUAGGUCUUCCCCGGUGAGCCUGCUGGGCCUCAGCCCCAGCCUCAACAGCAGCCUCCACGCUGCCCUCAACACCAGCCUCCUGGCCGGCCCACCAGAGCUGCCUUCAGUGGGCAGCCAGGGCCCCGAGCCCCUGGCCCGGGACACGGCUGUGCUCAGCCUCCUCAUCAUGCUGGGGACACUCUGGCUGAGCUACACCCUCUACCAGUUCAAGAAGAGCCCCUACCUGCACCCCUACAUGCGUGAGAUCCUGUCAGACUGUGCCUUGCCCAUCUCAGUGCUUACCUUCUCCCUCAUCUCUUCCUACGGCUUCCAGGAGAUUAAGAUGGGCAAGUUCCGCUACAACCCAAGCAAGAGCCUGUUCGAGAUGGCCGAGAUGCACUCGCUAUCCCUGGUGGCCGUCAGCGGCGCCAUGGGCCUCGGCUUCCUCCUCUCCAUGCUCUUCUUCAUCGAGCAGAACCUGGUGGCUGCCUUGGCUAAUGCCCCGGAGAACAGGCUGGUAAAGGGCACUGCCUACCACUGGGACCUCCUGCUCGUCGCCAUCAUCAACACCGGGCUGUCUCUGUUUGGGCUGCCCUGGAUCCACGCUGCCUACCCCCACUCCCCGUUGCACGUGCGGGCACUAGCUUUGGUGGAGGAGCGUGUGGAGAAUGGGCACAUUUAUGAGACGAUUGUGAGUGUGAAGGAGACGCGGUUGACCACCCUGGGCGCCAGCAUCCUGGUGGGCUUCUCCCUCCUGCUGCUGCCCUUCCCGCUACAGUGGAUCCCCAAGCCUGUGCUCUACGGCCUCUUUCUCUACAUCGCGCUCACCUCCAUCGACGGCAACCAGCUGUUUGCACGCAUGGUCCUGCUGCUCAAGGACCAAACCUCGUACCCACCCACCCACUACAUCCGGAGGGUGCCCCAGAGGAAGAUCCACUACUUCACAGGCCUGCAGGUCCUGCAGCUGCUGCUGCUCUGUGCCUUUGGCAUGAGCACCCUGCCCUACAUGAAGAUGAUCUUUCCCCUCAUCAUGAUCGCCAUGAUCCCCAUCCGCUACAACCUGCUGCCCCAAAUCAUUGAAGCCAAGUACCUGGACGCCAUGGACGCUGAGCACUGAGGUCCUGGCUACCAGGCCCUGGCCACACCCCAUCCGCCCAUCCCUCUGGGUCUUCCCAGGCUGGCUCUGUGGCUGUGUGUGGGUAUCUUGGGGUGCUGCUCUGUGCUGCACCCCCUCACAGCUGUCCCAACUGGCCUAGGGUGUCUGGGCAUUGAGGGGGCUCCAAGGUGUGUGUCUGCUCCUCUUCCCAUUAGCCUUUUGCUUUGGGUCCGGAACUCUGCUCAGGGCAGCUUCUGCCCAGGGUGGGACUAAGCAGGACGGAUUUUCUUUUGAUAAAAGAGCCUGAAAGAGAAACCAUUUCCUUGAUUGUGUAAGGAACUUGCUGUAUGCGCA